AUGGCGGCUAGGGACCGUUUCGGUGCCUAUGCUGAGCCGGGGUUAACACCACUACAGCGGGCGAUUCGCAAUGCAUGCGAUCCUCAAAACUACGAGCCCAAUUUGGCCCUUAACCUUGAAGUGGCCGAUCUGGUCAACUCCAAGAAGGGCAAUGCCCCCCGUGAAUCAGCCGUCGAAAUCGUUCAGCUCAUCAAUUCUCGGAACCAGAAUGUCGCGUUGCUGGCAUUGUCGCUUCUCGACAUGUGUGUGAAGAACUGCGGAUACAAGUUCCACCUCCAGAUCAGUACGAAAGAAUUUCUCAAUGAAUUGGUCCGAAGGUUUCCCGAGCGCCCAGCUAUGCGACCCUCGAGGGUCCAACACCGCAUCCUGGAGUCGAUUGAGGAGUGGCGUCAAACGAUCUGCCAGACAUCGCGAUACAAGGAGGACCUGGGCUUCAUUCGGGAUAUGCACCGCCUGUUGCUUUACAAAGGUUAUGCGUUCCCAGAGGUCCGUCGCGAGGAUGCGGCUGUGUUGAACCCGAGUGACAACCUUCGUUCGGCCGAGGAGAUGGAGGAGGAAGAGAAAGAGGCCCAGUCUGCCAAGCUUCAGGAGCUUAUUCGCAGAGGCACACCGGCGGAUCUGCAGGAAGCCAACCGAUUGAUGAAAGUCAUGGCAGGAUACGAUAACCGACACAAGACUGAUUACCGGGCAAAGGCCGCAGAGGAGGUUGCGAGAGUACAACAGAAGGCCAAAAUCCUGGAGGAAAUGCUGCAGAACGGACAGGGAGUUCCAGAGGGUGAUGUUUUCGAGGAGCUUGCAAACGCGCUGCAAAGUGCGCACCCCAAGAUCCAGAGGAUGUGUGAGGAGGAAUCCGAUGACCCAGAGGCGGUUCACAAGCUGUUGGAGAUUAACGAUAGUAUACAUCGCACCAUCGAACGGUAUAAGCUGGUUAAGAAGGGUGAUCUGGAUGCCGCAUCCAGGAUCCCCAAGGGAACCUUGGGCACAACAACCGGAGUCUCCAAGAACGCCAACAAUGAACUUUCAUUGAUUGACUUUGACCCGGAGCCGAGUUCCAAUGGCAAUGCAGCCGAAGCCACACAAAGUGCCCAAGGGAAUGCUCUAGAGAAUGACUUGCUUGGACUUUCCCUUGGUGACGAUAGCCCUAUGCCCGGUGGUGGGAUUUCACUUGGAGGCAUGGGCUUUCCUUCCAUGCCUUCUGGCCCAACCCCGCCUUUAGCCGCAUCUCAACAAGCACCCGCUGGCUUUAAGGCAAAUUAUGACAUUCUUGCAUCUAUGAACACAUCUCGGCCUGCUUCUCAGGCUUCCACUCCAGCCCGUACCCAGUCCCCCCAGGUUCGCCAGACAGCGACUCCGCCGCAGCCGGCUGAUCCCUUUGCAUCGCUGGUCUCUGCCAGCCCUCGACCCGCAAGCAAUGCCUUCCAAGCCCCUCCGCAGACCCAAGCCGCCCCGGCUUCCUCAUCUCUACUUGAUCUGGUCGGAGGCCCUAGCCAGCCGCAGCCCGCAGGACAGGCUGCUCCCGAGGAUGACGAGUGGAACUUUGCAUCAGCCCUUCCUCAAAGCAACGCCCUACCCUCAAACAACCAAGUGCAGGUUCUGAACACGCCGCUCCGGGUUGAUUUCCAUGCCCGUCGUGUGCCCAACUCGCCGCGCCAGAUCUACCUCCGAGCUAUUUUCUCCAACACUACUAGCCAACCGAUUGGAGAGCUUCACUUCCAGGUUGCAGUGGAGAAGUCAUACACGCUUCAACUUCGGCCGCAGUCUGGCCGAGAGAUUGCUCCCCAACAACAACAUGGAGUGCAACAGGACAUGCUCCUGGACGGUGUUGACUCUGGCAAGGGCAACUCGGUGAAAAUUCGGUUCAAGGUCUCAUACAAGCUCGGAGCCGAGUCUCGCGAGGAGCAAGGCAUGGUUCCAUCUCUGGGCAUUUACUAA